GUGGGGAAGGUGGGCUCAGACCCCGCAGCACCCUUCGGAGCAUCCCCACGGGUGGCAGGGGACAGCUGUGGCUGCUUCAGCCCACAGCUGGAGCAUCCAAGUGUUCUCCUUCACACCCCUGAGCCCACUGCACACUCCAGCUUGGCACAGAAUUAAACUUCCGCCCAUUUAUUGAUACACAGGGUCAGUCUUCCCACUGAAUAUUGUGCCUGACCUCCCGGCUCGGUCCCGGGUGCUGCUUGGGCUCCGGGGGAGUGGAAACAUGUCACGAAUGGCAGAGGCUUCGGGAAGUUUUCCUGCCUGCCAGGGAAUUCAGCUGACCUGCUCCCACGCUCCUCGGCCUCACAGUAAUCAGCUGAAGCUUAGGUACACGUACACCUGUGUGUGUCUCUGAGGUUUCCACCGCCCGUGGGGCCGGGCCGCUCCGCUCCGCUCUUGGGGCGGGGCUCUUUCCCCUUUCCCCGUUCCUGGUUCCCCGUUCCCGGUUCCCCGUUCCUGGUUCCCCGUUCCCGGUUCCCGUCCAGCCGCCGUCGCGGGACCACCUGGCCCUGGGGGGCAGCGAGCCCAUGGCCAGGAAACAGCCGCUGCUCAGCGCCCUUAAAGGAGGGGUGCUGCGGCUGCGGGAGGACGGGGGCCCGUGCACGGACACCUCGCCGCACCUCGUGUCGCUCUGCCGGCUGCUGGAGAGCAUCCUGCGCAAGGGGCUCCGACAACCGGCUUGGGGCUUCCGGAGACGGGAUUACUGGCACUGGCUGGAGCGACUUCCCACGGGAACCAGCGGCCUGCCGAGCUCUCUGUCCAGCAGCAUCCGGAGAGCCGGGGGCUGUGAGCGGACGCGGACGGCGCAGGGCCGGGGGCGGCUCUUUCUGCGCCUGGCCCUGCAAGGGAAGGUGCUGGCGGUGGCCGUGAGGCAGCUGGCACAGACCCCCCGAAUCCUGGAGUUUUAUGAUCCAGGGAGCUCCAUCCUCGGCAGUGAAGAUCUCCGGGAGCCAUUCCUCUCGCUGCUGCUGGUGCUGACAGAGAUAGAUUUCUCCCUGGACCUGCAGAAUUGCAGCUUCUUGGACGAGAGCUGGCUGCUGCCGGUGUGCAGUGUUUAUGAGACAGUCCCGUGCCGAGCACUGGGGAUGGUGCUCAGGUAUGUGGAUGGCCGAGUCCUUGUCACCAAGGUGCUCCCUGGGAGCCAGGCAGAGGUGGACGAGGUGGUGCUGGCCGGUGACAUCCUCGAUGAGAUCAACGGCUGCUCACUGAGAUUCGCCUGCCCCGGGCAGGCUGGGGCCAUGCUGCAGACACUGAGGGGACAGCCACUCACCCUCCGCCUGCUCCGGUGGCGGUGGCACGACGGGACGGUCUUUGAGCCACUGCUGCCCUACCUGAAGGCCCUGAAGGAGAAGGAGCCUCACUUCCACCUGCAGCUGAGCCAGCACAGGGGUGAGGGGGAGCCCCGGCAGCUGCAGGGGGGCAGGCUGCUCUACAACCUGCGCUACCUGGGCCAGACCAGCGUUGGGACGUGUGGUGGCAAAGAGGUGCUGGAGGGAGCCAUCCCUGCCGUGCUGGAGAGGCGCUUGGCAGCGCGGGAGGUUUUAUUUGAUGUGAAGGAGGCAGAAGUCCUUGUGAAGGAGAAGGCUUCUUCCAAGCUCCUGUGCCGCCAUCCCUACCCAUCCAUCUCCUGCGUGGGACGCUGCCCGUGGAGCCCCGGGAUCUUUGCCUUCUGUGUGGUCUCUUCCCCCGAGAGCCCUGAUGGGAGCACGUUCAACUGCCUGGUGUUUGCAUCCAGUUCUGAGCAAGAAUGCGAGGAAAUCAUCGGGAGAAUCGAACACCACCAUCCUUCCACUGGAAUAAAUCAAGUUGAGCUGGCUCAACCACUUUCCUGUGCUGCUUUCUGUGAUGACUCCAGCCCUACCUGUGCAGCCUGUUCUGGCUCCCUCCAGGUUCAGUGUCAAUUACCUGUGCUUCAGGUGCAGUCUGAGCACUUUCCUCCACCACGGCCCAGCAGGAACCCAGACCUGCCUUAGCCAAGCCUGAAGCAAAGGCUGGAGUAUAAUCCUACUCCAUCCAAGAAAGUCUGGAUGGGAAAUAAGAAUCCCAUGGAGCAGCCGCCCGUGUGGCUCAGCAGCCCCUCUGCUCCCAGGGUGUACAAUCAGCUGCUGCCCCUGCACACCAUCCCCUGUGCAGAUCCAGGACUAGCACAGCCCAAUCCCACGGGGAUGCUCCCCCACCUUGCCAUCCACACUGCUUGGGAACAGCCAGGUGGUUCUGCCUCAGCCAGACCAGUCACAAUUCCAAAAUAAACUUUCCCUACAGCCACUGGAAAGGAGGAAAGAAUGCGGAGCCGAGUUUGUGCUCUGAUUAGAGAAAAGCCCCCCAAAAAGCCACUGCAGUUUCACCCAGUCCUCCUGGACCCUGCAGAGCUGUAGAGCUCCACUCCCACUGGCAACAGCAAGAAUUCAAGCUGCACAAAAUCUCCAAAAUACUCCAAAAGUUCUCCAUUCUGUCGCCAGCCGAGGUUAAGU